GGGGCAGCAUUAAAUUAGAAAACAUACAUUUUAACAUUAGACGUUAAAUUUCGAUUGUAAAUUCACUAUUGUUUUAUAUAGAAUUGUUCUAGAGUCUAUACAGUAUUUAACACAGUUACAUCAGAAGUAACUGUAAUUAAAGUACUGAGAAAUUUAGAGUAAUCCCUUACUUUACUUUUUUCACUGAAAAAGAAAUUUAAUUACAGUAAUUAAUUACUUAGUAAUUCAUAUAACCCAACACUGGUCUCAUCCAAAAGGUACUAACAAUGCAUUCAAAGAUAUACAUUUUAUUGAUAUUAUUGUUAUCAGAGAAUUUAACACAUGACCUUUGGCAGUGUUACUACCAGUUCAGCUACAGAAAUACUAAUACUACUACUACUACUAAUAACAAUAAUAAUACUAAUAGCACUAAUUAAAGUUCGCUGUUUUAAAAUAUAUGACAGUGUUAGUGACAAAACCAAAACCACUCCAAAUUUAUAAGGGAUAAUGAUAGAUAAUGUGGAUUAUAAUGCUUUGAAAAUAAACUCCAUCCUCACACCUACAGAACUGCAAAGCCUUUUGUGUGCAUACAGGUACUGAGGGAAGUUCCUCUGAUACUUUGUAAAAGUUUGGUGGGGGCAAGUAAGGUAGUGCACUCCGGGACACGUCGCCAUCCAAUGAUUGCUCGUCCGCUCUGACGACGUUGCCAAACGCUACCGGCCGACACGCCCCCAGCAUGGAUACAAUCAGCUGUACAAUCGGCGCACAGCAUACUGUCACUUUAACGUUGUGAGGACUACAGCCACGAUGGGAGUUUUCAUAUUCAAUCAAGACAAGUUUUCAGAGCUCUCGUCGCCGGAAACGUAUAUCUAGAGAAAGAAAGCAGUCGGUGUUGCGCGUUCACGGUUCGACCCCGCAUGAUUUACAUGCAGGAUGUCAGUGUUGCUGAAAAGCCGGUAAGAUUAGUACAAAGUGAGUUUGCUACCUCUUCAGCAUCACACAAAGGGAUCUACUGAGUUGAAUGGUGUUGUGUCAUUGGGGUUUGAAUGUCAUAAAGAAACAUCAUCGAAACGAAAUGGAUCACUUCGCAGCAGAGUGCCUUGUGUCAAUGUCCAGCCAAGCAAUUGUUCACGGUCCAAAGGGAAAUAGAGAGAUCAAACCCGAAACUGCGGCUGCACAGAGGAAUGGAGAUGAGGCCAAGGAGCCUUUGAGAGAUAACUCCUCUCUCUUUGUGGUGGCGAGAAUUUUGGCGGAUUUUAAUCAACAGACACCAAUCAAUUUUGCCGAGCAGGCAAAAAUAAAGGAGGAGAGCACUGUGCCACCAACGGCGACCCUAAACAGAGAUGAUGGGAACUCUGCCACACCUACCACCAUCACCGCCGACUCUGCUCUUAAACAAAGAAGCAAAAGAAAUAGGGGCCGAAUUGAACAAGAAGUCCCGCAGAAAAAGCACAAAUGCCACUAUUCAGGUUGUGAAAAAGUUUAUGGCAAAUCGUCCCAUCUCAAAGCCCACCUAAGGACACAUACAGGAGAGCGACCCUUUCCUUGCACCUGGCCUGACUGCAGUAAGAAGUUUGCUCGCUCUGACGAGCUGGCACGGCACUAUCGCACCCACACGGGUGAGAAGAAGUUCGGCUGCCCCCUGUGUGACAAGCGAUUCAUGCGGAGCGACCACUUGAUGAAACACGCACGCCGUCACUCCGACUUUCAGCCGGCAAUGCUGAAGAGGCAGCACGGAGGAGGCAAUGCCACCAUACCGAGCAGCACACGCCCCGGCUCCCUCAGCGAUUACAGUCGCUCUGACGCCUCAAGCCCCACCCUUAGCCCUACCCUCAGCCCUGCCAGCUCGCCUUAACCUGGCCGCACUUUCUGCCCACAGCGCCUGGGUCCCCAGGCUAACCUUUUUCUUCUCUAUCGAUCUUUUCCUCUCCAAAAAAUGGCAUAAUUAGCGCCCAUGCUAAACCCUUUCGCUUGCUGUGGUGUACUGUACUGUACAUAAUUGCUUCUUGUAGUGCAAUUUUCUUGUGCAAACCCUAAAAGAGAGAGAGAGAGAGAGAAAAAACAGAAAAAGAAAAAUGCUUUUUCCAGAUGGCAAUAUUUACAUGAUGUACCAUAUGUCUGUAUUUUUAAAGCUUCUGGCCUUCGUGGCCACUUUUCCAUUUGUUUUUUGUUUUGUUUCAUUAAUUUUACAACCGAUCAGUUUGAGUGAACAAAAAAGUUGAAAGGUUUGACAGGUAAACUAUGUUUCUUUCAUCUUUGUUUUGUUUUUUUAUUUAAAACGGGCGAGGGAAAGGGGCUCACAUACACCUCAGGAUUCAGAACAGUUUUUUUUCUCCUUUAAUAUUCACAUUGACUGCACAAGACAAGCCUCACUUUACUCCGAAAUUCAACAGAGGUUGAGUUUUGCACCCUGCUCAGGGAUGGCCUCGUUAGCUUGAAAGAAUGAACAUGAUGAAGACAGACAUAUGUUAAAGAAACAGCCUUACACUCGGACAAAGGAAACUUUGCACUCUUUUUUUUUUCCUUUUUUUUUUCUGGUUUUCACAUCAGGGGAAACAAAUUCUGGGUUUUAACAAUAACAACAUUUACUUUUGUUAUUGUUAUUAUUAUUAUUUUUUUGUACAUUAGUCUAAGAGUGGCAGAACCACUCACCAGAUAAGAAGGGGGGGGGGGGGGGGUUGUGUUAUGUUAUUGAGACUGGAAAUGAGACUCAGAACUAUAUUUUCAACAUUGCUAUCUCCCGAAAACCCUGUACACACAGAGCUGUGCUUGCCUGGGUCCUUGUUUCAGAGGGAAACCUCUCAAUAUUGCAUGAAUGUAGUGAUCAGUCCACCUUUAUAAGCCAGAACCGCCCAAUAAGGGAACUCAUCACUUCUCUCAGUGGACUAAACUAAACUCCACUUAAAUUCUGAGGCUAAAGUUUCAAAGCAGCUGUUUCCUCAAUAAAAAACAGCACAUUCAUCAACUUCAGGGUUUUCACUACAGUACGACUCAUUCAAAGGGACUAUUUCAGACUCAAAUAAAGACAAAAAGCACAUGAACAGAAUCCACCAAAGACCAAGGUGUGAAUGAGAGAACAGCGAGGGUUUUUACUCUACUCAGUGGAAGACGGGAGGCAGUGAGGGAGGGAGUGAUGUUGGCAUUCUCUCAGGUAACGGCAGAAGUCCUGGCUCUCUGCCCUCCAUCUGCAGAGGCCUUCCACUUAGGAAACGGCAUCAUCCCACACAGGGCUAUUCAUAGCACACUAGCCAGGGAGACGAGAGCCAUUAGAGUGGAGCUUUACGCACUCUGUCUACUCACUCUAUCUGAAGAAAAAGAGUGGGAGGAAAAGAAAGAGAAGGAUGGAGGGCCAAAGUGAAUCAAGUCCUUCAACUGUGUCCUAACCAGACGCAAUGCAACAAAUUUCUAGUGUCAAGAAAUGUUUCUGUUCAAUAUGAAUGUGGAAUGACAAAAUCACAGCCAAUCAGAACAUAUCUGAUGUUUAAUACACACCAGUGACCAAUGGGAUUUCACUGUGGGUGAAACGGCAAAACGAAAUUAUGCUGCGUUCAUGUCAUGUUGGAAUUACUGUUAUCAUGAGAUGGCAACUCUGAGAUUCUACUCAGAGCUGUUCACCUAAUACAGAGUUCUACGAAGAAGUGAAUACUUUUUACAAGACGGAAUCUCGCAAUUACGGUAAUUCCUACAUGACGUGAGCGCACCAUUAGAAACCAAGCGACUGUCUUGUCGCUUAUAGUUUGUUGUCACGCCUGGUUAGGACUAGUGGUUGACUGAUAUAGGUUUUUAAAUGUCAGAUGUGCAGGCACACACAGAAUAUGCUGAAUUUCUGUGCAUUUCUGUGUAAGCAGAAUCCGACAGGGUCUGCCGAUACGCGAUACCGAUACUUAUAAAAUUAGAUACAUACAUAAUACGAUUUAAGGAACGCAAAUGAGAUGCACACAAAAUUUCUAAAAUACAUGCAAUAUUUACUCGGACUUCAUUUGUCACAAGCAAUAACAGUUCUGCCAAGCCGAUACGGUUAUCGUCGAUACUGACAAUCUCAAAAUGGCCAAAUAUCGGUUGAUUACCAAUGUAUCAUUCCAUCACUAUUUAGGGUACAGGUUUACAACUCAAUGUGGACUAGAUUGUCAGAGCGUAUAUGAUAAGGGCUGGGGCACUGGGGGGUGAGGAGAGACCCAGGCCUCAAUGAGAACAAAGACCGCUAUCUGCAGGAGGCAGGAAAAGGGGUUUGACACAUUGCGAGACAGAUAAAGACAGAGGCUUUAUCACAAUCUGAGCACUCCAGCGGAAGAAACACCCAGUCAGCUCCAUCUCCUUCUCUCUCUCUCUCUGAGAGAAACCUCCCUCCCCUCUGCGCAACUCCCCUCUCACCCACCAACAGCAUCCCACAAUGCAUUGCUGGAGCUUAAAGAGGAAAAACAGCCUCGUCUGAUUGGAUGUCAUCCAAGCAGCAGGCCAAGUGAGGGGGUUUAUAAUACAGGAAGUUGAAGCCCAAAUUAUAGCAGCUCGGAGACAAUGGGCAUAUGUUAUGAAAUUGGAGUUGGAAAUGUUGGGAAUUUUCAGAUGAGAUAUUAUCAGUGUUUUUUUUUUUUGUUUGUUUUUUUUUUUUCAGUUUAACACUGUUGACUUCUCAGACUCAAUCAGUCACGCUUUCUUUUUAAAUGACUGUACUGACUUUUUCACAAGCACAGGGAAACCUCACACACACUUUUUUUUUUUUUACUGUUGCGGGCCCACUGAUAUGUCAGUGUGACCACUAAAUACAUUACCUCAGUUAACCAUAAAAGCAGCUGCUUUUAAACUUGGCUCAUUAAAAAGGCUUUUAAUAAAAGAAGAAAGUACUACUAAAUUUGUAGAUUUACAGUAUAUUCAUACAUAUCAACUGAACAGAUUUACCGUCCUAUAUAUCGCUUCAGCCUGCGAGGAUGAUAAGGGGUCAGUGUGAGAAACUGUUUAACUGGGUUUUACUCGCUCAGCCGAAAGGCAUACAAGACCCUCCAGGAUUUGAGGCACCGCUAUUCAAACUACUGUGGUGCUGUCUUUCUCUGUGACACUUUCCCAUACAUGCAGUGUUCCUAAAGUGACUCUUUAAUAUUUAGCAAGCUUUCUAUCACAUUUCUCUCACUUUUAUAAGCUCAAUAAUCAAAACCAGCCAUCCUUUCUUGUGUUGUCUCCAACACAACCCUACCCAUGACCACCCUCCAUGGCCAGUGGGGGGCGACCAGCAUCAGUGCUGCCCAGCUGGACGAGGGCUCUAGGGCUUGAGAAGCAGGUGGGGAGGCCUGUCAAUGCCAGGCCUUGUUUCCCCUUUAUCCUUCCUUCGCUAACACCCCCCAUCCCCUUCCAAGGGGCCUCUCUCAUGGCCCUCUAAAAGGCUUGGCAUAAUCAGACAUUUUCUUGUUUUUUCAGCUAAUGAAAACACCCUAAUGAAAAUAAACAGUGCCGUGAUGACAUUAUUUCUGCAAUAAAACCACGUAAAGCCAUCUAGCUAUGGACACACCCUCCCCUCGCCUUUUAAAGUCAUUUCAUCUUCCACAUCUGAAGGCUUGGGUAUGCUUAAAUUUGCCGUGUGCUGUAUACGUCUCACAAUGCUCUAGCCUUUUUAAAGUAUACUCUUUUGACAGCAAGCCUGUACGGACGCAUCGAAGCAUGUGCACUAUGACUGCUUUGUGAUACUCCUUUGUACAUUCAACGGCAGAUGCAUGCUCCAACUGCGCACACAGAUGCGGACUGUUUGCAUGUCUAGAAAAACUGGACUGCAAGGGAAAGUCUGCUUGUAUUGUGCUAAUGAUGAAAUUUGCGUCCAGUGCAUUGUGCAUGAGACAUAGCGGCACACGGAAAACCGAAGCAUGCUUAUGUCUCAAGAUUGAAUUCCAUUGCAAUGUUGUCAUAUUUAGCUUGGUUAGCUUUUGAAAUUCUUGUGUUUUCAAAUUAGCUAGAUUCUCUUUUGAAGUUCUUUUCUCCACUCAAAAUUUCCUGCCCGCAAGCCCUACGGACGCGUUCGAUGCAUGCACACUACAACUGCUUUGUGAUAUGCUUUAGUAGUCAACGGCAGGCGCAUGCGGCGAAAACACGUAAAUAAACUAACUGUCCGUGUUUGUAGAAAAUUUGGACUGCACGCGGACAGUCAAAAUUUGCGCCAAACAUACUGUGCGCGGGAUGUAGCGGUACGCAGGAAACCAAAGUAUACGUUGCUCUUAAGUUGGAAUUCCAUUGCAAUGUCAUCAAAUUUAGCUAGGUUAGCUUUCGAAAUUAAUUUCUCCCCUUAUAAGUUAGCUAGACUUAUAAAGUAAGCCGGCUUGAAGAGUUCUCCAUCUGUGUACACACUCAUUUUAUCUGCAAAUACUCCCCACUGCUGGUCGGUGGAGGAUAUUUCACAGGUUACAAGGGCAUAGAAAAGCCAAUCUAACCCAACAUCCUCUUCAUUAGUACUUUUCAAACCCAAUAAAACAUGAUGCCAUCGGCUGUAAAACUUCAACCCUGUAGGCAACAAAAUUGCAUUUGUGUACUGGUUAGAUAGAGUAUACUCAACAAAGUGUGUGUAUAUAUAUAUAUAUAUAUAUAUAUAUAUAUAUAUAUAUAUAUAUAUAUAUAUAUAUAUAUAUAUAUAUAUAUAUAUCCCUACUAAUGUGUUCUGAAAAAUGCAUUUGCUUAAUGUAAAUUCACUCACAGCCCGGGUCAGGGUGAAUUACAUGUAAAACACACACAUGCACGCUUAUGUUCCUGUAUUUUUCACUGUACCGAUACUACUUGAAUGAGAAGCAAGACCAUUGAACACAGAUGAAAACAUGUCUAGGUCAUGACAAGUCAAACUGUAUCAUUUCUUGGCUUACAACCCAGCUAUCACAAAUUAUGUGAACUUGGAUGUAUUCAUUUAUCUUUAUUUGUUAAAUAUUUCAGCAUUGUGUUGUAAUUUUUCUGAAUAUUUUCUUUAGAUUUCUGUGUUUUGGUUUUAGCUAUGUUGUUAUUAUUGAUAUUUCUUGCAAAUAAUGUUAUUAGUGUUUCAUAAUGCUUUCUUUUCUGUCUGCUGCGAUGUUGUUUGUCCUAUGCUAGUAGAGAGGAGUAAAGAUCAGACAAUAACCUUUCUAUUCAAAGAGACUGAGCUCUUGUCAAUAGCAGAAUAUAGGUGUGUAAUCUCCACAUAUAAGGAAGAUAAGGGAAAUAGCCUGACUUCUCAGAUGAAUCGCAGCAGCAGGAGACCGUUCAACAGGGCAUAGGGAUCACAGCAUUGUCAAUAGAUAGUAACACAUACAUAUCUGAUUUUUUCCUUUGUUAUUUAACAUAUUUAGAAUUCCAGCUAGGUGUUCUAUUUUGUUUUUGUCAUGCAUCUUUUCAAACUCAUAAUAAUAAUAAUAACUGAGUUUUUUUAUAUAUAUAAAAGGUGGGAGGAGGUAUUUGAUGGAAUGCAUAUCUAAAAGACUUGUACAUUUAAUGACAAUAUUUUUAAAUGAAUUUUAAGGGUCAUAUGAGCCACAAAGCCUCGUACUGAAAGCGAAUCAUCUUCAUUUCGUGAAAUUAUUUCUACAUGGAUUGCAUAAACCCACAUUCCCAGCUCAUCGAGAAAUGAUUUGUUUUUUUAUAUGGCCAUUUGUUCACAGAACUCAACGAAUGAUUUUAAUAGCCCUUGAUUGAAUUUUAGCACAAACUAAAGAAGACUUUGAUCGUGCAUUCGACAAAUUGCAUGUUAGUUCAAUAAUGAGUGCCAAAGGCAUUAGAAGGUUGAUCUUUAUUACAUCACAAACCUAUAGACAACUGAAGUACACAGUGAUAAGUGAAAUAAAAUGACCAUGUUUAGUUUUCUAUGAGUGAUGUAUGUUUUUAAGUGUAUGUAGCAGGGUGAAUGAUGUGUAUUAGACGAGCGAGUAUUUCUAAAAACAAUUGUUUCUAAUUUUGUGUGUUCUUGCUGUGCUUUAAUCAUUUUUGUUUUCCUAUAGUUAUGUUUUGCUACAUUUUAGCAUUGUUUUGUUGUACAGUUUGGAACAAAUGCACAUAUUAGUAAAAGUGAAAACUCGGACAUUAACCUGUUCACCAUCUUAAAACAAAAAAAAGCUCUACCAUUCCAAAGGAUUGCAAAUACAUUUGCUAUAAAUAUGCUGCUUAUAUCCAACCAAUGCAUCAAGGCUUCAUUUCUUGUCAUGUAUUUAUUUUACAAUUACUCUUUUUGACUGUGAUACAUGUACUAUAUGACUUUUGUUAUGAGUUCAGUUCGGUACUAAACUAUUUUUUCAUCACUUUACUGUCUUGUAGGGUUUCUUCCGACUUUUAUUUGUACAAGUUGCCUGUAAUCGUAUACGUAGUCUCCUAAAGAAACAGCCAUGCCAGGUUCUGAUAACUUAAAGUAGAAGUUCACCCACAAAUUUCAAUUGUCAUCAUUUUUAUUUUUGGGUAAAGUAUUCCUUUAAGCAGAACACCUUUGACCCUCUCAGAGAUGGUAAAAGACAAUACGGCUUCCAAGUGCGUGCGCAAGUGUUCAGUUAUCAGUUCCAUGGUCUUCCCAUGCAAAGUGAGGUCAAUUUGAAUAACCAAUGUCCUCAAUGGUAAAGGAAGAUGUUGUCAUAGUUUAAAAAGUUGUAGAAUGCUAUUGUCAAGGAUGCUAUGGCCUAUAGUUUGGUAGAAUGCCCUUUACUUUUAGCUUUAUCGAAUAACAGCACAGGUGACUGCAUUACGUAAGUUGAAUUGUUGUUUUAAAGACUCGUUACCAAAGGCUUUCGGAAAGACUGGAUGAAUAUUCUAGUUGCAUUAGUUGGAAGUCAGUCUGCCAUUUGAUGGUUUCAGAAGAACAUUUGAGUGUUUUACUGAAAGAGAAAAAUAACUGACAAAAGUAAGAAAGAAAAUUUGUAUAUAACUCAUAACCCUAUAAAUACAUGACACAUUUUCUUGCUCUCAAAAGUAUCAGCCUUUUUCUAGUGGAAAAAAUCAAAGUAGGUUGUAUGGAUAUGCAAAAUCAGCUACUUUUAAACCAGAAUAACCAUAAUCCAUUUUAAUCCAUUAAAACCCGCAGAUCGAUUAGCUCAUUGAUUUAAUGUCAUCCUAGAAAUACAUUAUAUGUGAACAGACAAAACAACUGUAGUUUGUCCAGCAUUGCCUUUAUAGUCCCACCAUGCAGUUAAGGCCUUUACGUCAGGCGGCAUGUUGGUGUAAAGAUCACUAUUGGUGAAAAUUACACUGUGCUUUUGCAGUUAGAUGUUUCUCCAAAGAACCUAAGUAGAUGCCAUACAGUGAUCGUGUUUUCAAGUUAACAAAGCUUCAGAGAUGUCAACACACUUUGGGAAUUACUAGACAGCAACUGCACCUUAAGAAAUGAAUUUUUACAAUGUCAUGGGCUAACAAACAUCAUUUACUUGAGGUCUGCCUAAUGGUUGCCUGACAUUUUAAAUGGUGGAAGUGGAUUUUGGUUUUAGCCCUAGCUUAGGUUUGACUGUUGUUUAUGUUCCGUCUCUUGCUUAACACAGGAGACACUAACUGCUUUUCAGGGUUGUGGUCAUUUCUGUUUGUCUGGGUGUCUGCCAAGCCGUGUGGUUGGGUUCGAAGUCAAACACACUCGCUCCAGUAAAAAGACGCCCAAUUGUCGCUGAUCUCUAAGUGUUAUGGCGUGAGUGCGUGACCUAGCAAUUUCUCAAGGCUGAACUCGGUGCCACUCCCUCGGGGAGAGUCUAGCAGAUAAACUCCCACUGAUAAUACUUUCAAAAUUCAUUUGAAAUAAUAUGAAUUUCCCAUGAAGAUAAAACAGCAUAAACACCCUACUUCUCUGAAGUUCUGAAAAUAAAACACUGUGAAAGAGGCAUUUGAAAGACUGAACGCAUUUCAAAUAUUCCAUUGCAAUCUCCGUGUGAUGUUUCAAAUCGGUUAGGGUGGAAAAUUAAGUCAAAUCCCUUCUCUCCAAACAUACCAGUUAAAGGGACAGAUCACACACAAAUAAAGAUUCUGUCAUCAUUUACUCACGCCUCACGGUGUUACAAAUCCAUAUGACUUUAUCGCUUGAAACACAAAAGGACUUAUUUACAGCAGAAUGUCCAAGCAGCUCUUUUUCAUACAAUGAAAGUAAAUGGCGACCUUGGCUCUCAAGUCCCUUACGAAAAUUCAUUUUUGAGAGUUCAUAAAUUUGCCACUGAUAAUUUUCACAUGCAAAUGAGCUUUGCUGCAAAUUGUCCAUUGUUGCCAAAGGUUUGCCGGAGGUUCAUCACUACCAGCGAAGAGCUGCAAACUUCUGGCAAACAUUUGUGGCGAAUCAAAAGCUCAUUUGCAUGUGAAAAUAACAAGUGGCAAAUUUGCUGCAAAUUUGUGGUAAGUUUGGAGCAAGUUUAGAGUUUUUGUAAGGGGUGAUUUCAGUUAAUUACGACUUAAAUUGGAUAUUUAGUGGAUUUUAUGCUUUUAUGGUGAUUUUAUUUGUCUUUUUGGAGCUUGACAGCCUCCCCAUCCGCUUUCAUUAUAUUAAAGAUCAUCUCGGACAUUUAGCUAAACUUCUCCUUUGGUGUUACACGGAAGUCAUACAAGUUUUCGAACGACAUAAGAGUGAGUUAAUGAUGAUUUGGUGUGUGUGUGUGUGUGUGUGAACUAUCCCUUCAUGCACAUCAUGUUCUAGCACCCUCCGUUCUUAGAGAUUUCAAUAAGUGUUGUAUAGAGAAUUGUAGUGAGGCACUAGUGGCCUCAUGCUGUCUUGUAGACAUUCGUGGCGUGAACUCAACUUGCCUUCCUAUUGUACGUAUUCGUCUGUAUUUUCUAUUUAAACUACACCGUGUGAUGCCUGCUCCAGUCUCUAUAUGGCGCUGGGUUCCUAUUUCCCAGUACAUUUGUACUUUGUAUCAUAGCUCUUCUUUAACAAUGGCCAGUUCCACUCUUCAUAACCUCAUUCAAAAUACUGCCGCAUAAUGUAACUAUUUUUUUUAUUUGUUAUUUUGCAAUCAACCAAAUCACUACAGUGAAGUAUUACAGUUGUACAGUUCCUUGAAUUAUUCAGAUAACAUUAUUGUUGCUGGUCUAUGGUUGCUCUGCUGUAUCUUUUUAUUACCUUUAUUUUUUACAUGUUAGACAAUAUUGUGACGAUGUCCUAUGCAAAUAUGAGAAUUAACAAGAAUUUGUCAAAUAAUGUAUGUUGUCUUAACUUGUAUGCAUGAAAUAGUGAAGUUUACAUUUGAGAAUAAAUUCAUAAAUAAGAAGCA